AUGAAAGCAUAUAAUUUAUUAUUAACACAAUUAGAUGAUACACAAAAUCAUGAUGAUUAUAACAUUGUUUUGUUUGGUUCAAAUAAUAAUAUACUAAAUAAACGGUAUAUUGUUGAUUAUUUGGCAGAAUUUGAUUCUUUUGAAGCUUGUGAUGAUUAUAUAAAAAAAAUUAAAAGCGAACGGAAAAUUCUUCUUGUUCUAACCGAUUUCUUUCAAUAUUUAUUAUAUUUUAAUGAUCUUCAUCAGAUUCCAUCAAUUUAUGUGUUAAAAGUAAAUUCUCAAAAUCUAAAUCAUAAUCAACAAAAUUAUCCAAAACGAAUUAAUGUUUUUACAGAUGAACAUGCAUUGAUUGAACGAUUACGUCAAGAUAUUCUAUUAACAUAUAGAAAUGAUUUACCAAUGAGUACCACAUUUUCAAAUGAAAUAAGCAUUGAAAAAUCUUUAACGAGUUUACACGGGGAUGCAUUAAUGUUUGUAUGGAAUCAAUUAUUUAUUUAUUAUCUUGUUAAUUCUUCUAAUGUAGAUAUGAAUAAAUUAAAACAAGAAAUGAUUGAACAAUGUCAAUUAGAAUAUCGGAAUGACCAAAAGGAAUUGGACAAAAUAAAUGAAUUUGCUAAUAAUUGUACCUAUGAUAAUAUAGUGAAUUGGUAUACAAGAGAUUCAUGCAUCUAUCGACUUGUAAAUAAAUCAUUUCAAAUUAAAAGAAUUAUUUAUACAAUAAUAACAAUAAAUUAUACAACUGUCUAUCGAGGACAAGGUAUGAAGAUAGAUCAUCUUCAAACUUUAAUGUUAAAUAUUGGAAAACGUAUCUCAACGAAUACAAUUAUGUCAACAUCACGUAGUAGAAUUGCUGCUGAAAUGUUUUUAAACUAUGAUGAAGUUGCUGUUCUCUUCGAAAUUAACAUUACGAAUGCUAAUUGUAAUACUAUUCACGUAUUUGCAGAUAUUUCUCAAUUGAGUUCAAUUCAGGAUGAAGAAGAAGUAUUAAUCUUUGCUGGUGCAGUUUUUCAUAUUGAUUCUAUUGAAGAAGAUAAUAGUUCAUCGUUCAUGGUUAUUAAACUUACGUUAAUUAACGAAACAGGUGAAAAUUUUGAGCAAAUAAUGGAACAUAAUAGUUAUAAAUUGGCUUCUCAAUUAUUUUCUAAGAAGACCCUUACGCAAAUUAAUGAUGUUAAACUAAUGGGAAGAUAUUAUGAUUUAUUAACAGAUAAAUUAAGUACAUGGGGGAUGCAUUAG